GGACAGCCCCUCCACAUGUGACAUCAUUAAAGGGAGUAGUGGGGUACUCCCCAGCAUGUGUCUGUGUGUCAGAGGCAGAAAGAGAAAGCUGCAGAAAGUACGGCACAGAUUGGAUGUCUUCAUGAUCCCCACACAUAUACCAUGUCUGAAGAUAUCAAAGAGAGGCGCAGAAAGCAGGUGCAGCCCAAAAGGACGCAAGGGGAUGAUCAUCAAGAAAAGCUAAUAGAAGAUAUGGAAACAUCAGCCAAAAGUGAAGUGGAUGGAGAAGAGACAGGAACAAUGCCCUCGCCAUCUUUAGUAGUCCCUAUAUCAUCUCCUGUUGAUACUAAUGGAUGUGUCAAAUAUUCAGAAGGUACUGCAGUAACGUCAUGUAUGCUAUGUGGAAAGGAAUACAGAUCACCUGGUUUACAGACAGACCUCUCCUGGGAUAUCUGUCAAUGUUCGGUCAUCCUGAAGGACGACUUUGAAACAACAUUCAAGAAUGCUGCAGAAAACCGGAAAUUUAAGUGUAUGGAGUGCGGAAAAGCUUUUAAAUUUAAGCAUCAUCUGAAAGAACACACACGAAUACAUAGUGGUGAAAAGCCAUAUGAAUGUUUCAAGUGUAAAAGAAGAUUCUCACAUUCAGGUUCAUACAGCUCUCAUUUAAACAACAAAAAGUGCUUUCCCACCCAAGACAAACAAGCCAUUGUGACUUCUUUGGCUCCCUCUUUCUCCUUUCCACAAAAAAUGGAUUACGAAGAAAACUUCAAAGAUCAACUAAAGCCACAAAAUGCCACUGAUCGUCAUAAUAAAAAACGGGUAAUACACAGUCAAGAUAAUGAUUCUAUUGCAUUUCCACAUCUCUCUUUGUGUGGUUUUGAUUUUAAUAUCACACCUAGAUCUGUUCAGAGCAUGGCUAUGGGCAUGUCCAUGAACCCAAGCUUGUUAGAGACACCAGACAUUUGGCAUUUAGGCACUGACUGGUGGCACAAUCAGUAUCAUAUCCAGAUUGGUUCUAAUAGAUGGUCAGUAGGUGACUUCAAUAACUGUUUCUCCCUAAAGAAGCACAAUGUGGAACACCAGAGUACUACUCAAUAUAGUGGUUACCGCCCUGAAGCGCCAGUCUUUACACAGCACUGUCUAAGUAGAGUCACAGAAGAUGAUGCCCUUUCUUCAUCUUUGUACCAAAGAGUAAAGAAUAAUACCUCAAUCAUAAAUAACACAGCAACACACCAUGAAAGUCCAAUAAGCAAACCCCACAAAGGUGACCUUUUAGAAGAAAAACCCCCAAACAUUGCAAGCUCCAGUAAUUUCCAUAGACUAUUAUGUUCACCUUGUCCAAAUAUUCUAGAGAAGAUACAGUGGUCUGGACGAAGACAUGACACAUCAAAAUGUGAUUCAGAAGAAAUGAAGCCAAAGGGUAAUACUGUUAGUCAAUUUCCCUCCGUCCCUCUAUUCAAGGAAAACCAGCUUGAGCCACUGGACUUAUCCAUGCCUAAAUUAGACAGCACGACACCUAUAAAGACAGAUUCCAGUGAAGAAACCUCAAAGGACCCAAAAGAAAAGUUUGAAAUGAAAAGUUUAAAUCUGGAUUUUCUACCGCCACAAGUAUUAUUUAUUGAACCACAUAAUGAGUCAAUGAACAUUCCAUGUGUACUACCGGAUGUAGUGCACAGCAUUUUACAAACUCGCUAUCCAUGUGCGAAUAUGGGCCACUCUUUAAAUGGGUUUUCAUUAUGUCCCUAUAUGAACUGCUUCUAUGGAGACACUUCAAUUAACAUGAAAAAAAUAAAUCAAACUGUUGGGAUUAUGAAUAUCACCAGCGGUGAAGAAAAGCACACAGGUGGUUCCCGAAAAAAUUCAAGGAAGCUAGAAAAUGGGUUGUAUGCCUGUGAUCAGUGUAGCAAAACCUUUCAGAAAAGCAGCUCUCUCUUGCGACACAAGUAUGAACACACAGGUAAUAGGCCUCAUCAGUGUGAAGUUUGUAGCAAGGCUUUCAAGCACAAGCAUCACCUCAUUGAACAUGUCCGCCUGCACUCCGGAGAGAAGCCUUAUUGCUGUGACAAAUGUGGCAAGAGAUUCUCACAUUCUGGCUCCUUUUCUCAGCACAUGAACCAUCGAUAUUCCUACUGUCAUAGAGACAACGCCAAUGAAAAUGAUGUUAUGACAUGGGAGCAGACCAACCACCAUGAAAACUACCAAGUGCUGCAUUCUGCUGAAGAAGUGAGGGACCUGGUACAGUCCUGAUGUAGCUAAGGACAAACAUAAUAGAUAAUAGGCGUAUUUACUAAGGAUAAUAUAAAUAUAAUGGAAGGUUGAUAGUCAAAUCAUCUUUAAAUUCCACCUAAUACCAGACAGGAAAAAGAAAGAACAAUAGAAAAAUUGUCAUACUAAAGUGUUCUUUUAUUUUUCAGGUUAGUCUGUCGGCAUGGUGUGUUGGGGUGCCUAUUUGAAUGAAUAGCACUGCAGUGCACCAGGACGUAUUACCAUGCCUUACUUGGCCAAUAAGUGCCUAAUGUAUUAGUGCCUUAGGGAUUGUUAUGGUUACACAUAUAAAAAAUGUAAUUAAUAAUUUUGUGAGCGUGUCUUCAAAUGGACAAUGUUGCAAAGCAAAAUAUCUGUAGGAUAAGCCUCAGACGGAAGCUGUUUAUUAGUUCCCCAGUACAGGCACAUCGUUCUAAUUAGGGUUAUAUUUGCUGCAAUAGAACUAAACUAGCAAGUCACCCAAGAAUAAGGCCUCGUACACACGACCGAGUUUCUCUGCAAAAACCAACAAGAAACUUGCUGGGAGAUAUUU